AUGCUCGCCCUACCGGCACUUUCAGACGAAAAGCCGUCACGACAAAUGGAACCCUCGGUUGCAGCGCGGGGUGACAUUCAAUCUCCCUCCGCGGACGACGACUGCGACGGCACUGAUGGGCUAUUGUCGUUGCUUUUUUGCACGGCAUCGCCGGCUGCUCUGCCAAGAGGCGCAGGUCCAAUGUGUGGGGGAGCCUGUGGCACAGGAGACUCGAGCUGUACCACCAGCUCCGCCAAGCUGCUCGAUCAGCCCCGGCGUCGGUUGCAGAUGACUGAUUCGAGAGGUGGCAGGAAAAACCAGGGUAUUUGGGGCGAUUUGCAUUUCGACUCGUCGUCCGGGCUGAGGAGUCGCCCCAGGGGCCAAGGCCGACAACCCCCCACAUCCGGGACACCACAAGUUGCGUUCCCGCUUCCUCUAGGAAACGCCGUCAACCCAGGGGAUAACGCAGGCAGGCAGGGCAGAGCAGGGCAAGAACUACCAGAGAAGCCCAUCCCCCCCCCUCCGGAUGCGAUGUGUCAAGCCUUCGUCCGCGCAAGACCCUUUACAGUGGGGGCAUAUCGAUGUGG